UGAUGGUAGUGCCUAGCGGAUUGGACGGGAGCUGAUAAAUCUUUUCUCUAGUGGCUAGAGGUGGUGAUAUCAACUGGCAUCGCAUAGCCUCGAACAUCCCAGAUCGAAACAACAAGGACUGCCGGAAACGAUGGGUAUAUAUUCUAGCGCCUUCCUUGAACAAAGGAGCGUGGAAUAAAACGGAAGACGAAAAAUUAUUGCAAGGCAUCCAGAAACACGGUUUCCGGUAAGCAGACAGUGGAACUUUUCAUCAUGUCUCUGGGCUAUUGUCAUCCGCUAAUACAAAAUUUUUAGCUGGGCCCUCGUUUCGCAAGUUGUCGGAUCUAGGCAACCCGAUCGUGAGUUGAACCUACAUCUGCAACCUGAAAUUGACAGUCAUUAACUUUAUUUCUGAGUAGAAUGUUCAAGGAGGUGGCAUGAAUCUUUAAAUCCAGAAAUAAAUAAUGACAGAUGGUCACUCUUGGAAGACGAGAUAUUGAGGGAGGCUGUGGAAAUCUAUGGUAGGAGGUGGACCGAGAUUGUGGAUAGAUAUUUCCCCAACCGAACGCCGAUUGCGGCAAAGAAUAGGUUCGUUGACUCAAUCACAUAAAUUUCGUUGCCCGUUCAUAUGGAGUUCCUUUCCCUAACAUCGCUCCGGUUAUUAGAUAUACGCAACGCUUUGGCAGCAAUAAAACCGAUGGGACAGUGCCGAAAGCUUCCGGAAGUGCCACUAAAAAGAAGAACCCGAUGGUGAAACCGACAACCAAUCCAGUGACACGCGUUGAAGAGACUCGAGCUCCUUGUCAAACGAUAAUGCCUAAACUCCUCUGGCAUGUCCCAGAUCAUACCCAGAGUCAGCAAGCCCGGCUUCCAGCUCCCCCGAAAGUAACGGUCCCUGAGGUAUGGCCUACCAACGACAUCCAGUCGCCUUUGACAGCAGUCCCCUCCUAUCAACAAGUCCCGAGCCUCGCAAGCUCACCGAGUCCCGUGCCUAUUCCGCACACCCCUUUGAUUGAUACAAUCCGCCCUUGUGAGCCAACAAAUAUGUCUCCUUAUUCAUACUACACCGUCACAUCACCGCAGGCAGAGAUGUGUACGCCGUCAUUUGUGGAUCCACCGCUCAAUGGCAACUUGGGCUAUGAGCCAUGGAUUUCAAACGAUAUGAUAUCUCUCCUCCAUAAUGGGGUAGUGGGAUAUCCAGACAUGGGAUACAGCACCAACGCUCCGACGAUGGAGCGACGAUAUGACCAGAUUAGAUUUUCGGAUCACACGACGACUUUAUUGACUUUGUAGACAAUGGCUAUACAAAGGGUAUAUAGCAAUGAGAAGCGGAGUUUUGGCGGAAAUAUGGGCGUUUAAAUCUUUCUCUGUUGUUAAGGAGUUUCAAAAUAGCCUUUUUUAAUCGAUGAAAUAUGUAUAUAGACCUAUGCUUAAUACAAACGUUAGAACCUUCUUUUUGGCAUCGUUCCUUUCGUUUGCCUACAUAAUGUUAGCUCCUGGACUUCAAUCCAGCCUUAUUGCAGCGUGCCUGCGGACGCCUCU